AUGCAAUCUUCAGAAAACAAACCCUACUCCCAAAAUGAAAUCAAAGCUAUAACCAGGAAUCUGCAGAACCCCUCAUUUACCUAUAAGCCGAAGCCAUAUGUCGACAAGAGACAUCAUAAUUUGUAAAACUACGAUGAGUACUUACAAAUUCGAACUAUCGAAACCGAAAAGAAAAGAUAACUCAAGGAAGCACUAUAAGAGUAGAUGAGGUCAAAGUCAGUGAGCAAGCAAGCUGAGAGGAAAAAUCUAAGGAAUUUUUAUGAUGAGACCAGUAUUAUUAAGAAUGGAACUGAUCCUCGAAACGUUUAUCAUCUAGAUCUACCUAAUUAUGGUUCUCAAGUUGAUUAGUCAAUGAAUAGUAAUAAGAGUUCAAAGAACGAGAUCUAUAAAUUCUUCAAGAAUACCUUAUAAACCGAUUAAAUGAAGAAUUUACAUAAUUAGUAUUAAACUGCAAUCAACUUUAAGUCAUCGCUGAAAACUCUAUAAUAGUUUGACCAUUCCAAGGAUAUGGAAUAGAAUCCUCUGUAUUCAAUGCUUAAGAGACAUGAGACUUAGGAUAAGACUGAGGUUCAGGAAAAGGUAUUUAAGGCUUUUGAGUAGAUUAACAAAAACGAAAAGAACUAUCAAAGAAAUAUGAGUCUUGAUAAUUCCUAUAGAGUCAUGAUUAAGAAAUAGAUUCCCCUUACAAAUGAACCUUAAAAAUCAGAAAUAUAGCUAAAGAAAAUGAGAAUUAAAAUGUCUAAAUAGCUAGUUGAUAGGGUUUCUGAGCCUUAAAGCUUCAUUAAAUAAUUUUAACUUUGA